GCAGUGCAUUGAUUGAGUAGAACCGCAGGUCUCACGCUGGAUGCAUAGAAAACCCUUCCCAUGAAAGCAUCAGCGAAUAUGUAGCUGGAAAAAGCGCCUGUGAUCUAAAUAGUGCUGAUCAUCGAGUGUGCGCUGGAUACACGGGAGCCAGGGGUGCACAUCGGAUCAUUGAAGGGUCUGCCAUAGAGCAUCACUACUAAGAUAUCCACAGCUUUGAUGCAGCACAGUGUUGAAAUAAAUCCAAGAUGACGGAAGAGGUGAUUGUCAUCGCCAAGUUUGAUUACAUGGCCCAGCAGGACCAGGAGCUGGACAUUAAGAAGAACGAGCGUCUCUGGCUCCUGGACGACUCCAAGUCCUGGUGGCGAGUACGAAACGCUACCAACAAGACGGGCUUCGUGCCAUCUAACUACGUCGAACGGAAGAACAGUGCCAGGAAAGCCUCAAUCGUCAAGAACCUCAAAGACACUUUAGGAAUCGGCAAGGUGAAACGGAAGACAGGCAUGCGUGAAACGGCCUCCAACGCGGACUCUGACUUCUACCCGGACAAUGGCGAACGUCUGUAUGACCUAAACCUUCCUGCACUAGUCAAAUUCAGCUACACGGCCGAGCGGGAAGAUGAAUUGUCAUUGGUUAAGGGCACAAGGGUCAUCGUCAUGGAGAAGUGCAGUGAUGGCUGGUGGAGGGGGAGCUACAGCGGCCGUUCAGGAUGGUUUCCAUCCAACUACGUGACGGAGGAUGCAGAUGGAUCGGCGAGCAAUGACUCCGCCGGCUUGUCGGAUAAAUUGGCUGCUGUUGUUCCUAGUGCGAACGGCAACCGGGUGCUGCACACAGUACAGGCACUCUACCCGUUCAGCUCGGGCAACGACGAAGAGCUGAACUUUGAGAAGGGGGAGGUUAUGGAUGUUGUGGAGAAGCCAGAAAACGACCCCGAGUGGUGGAAGUGUCGCAAAGCCGACGGGCAGAUGGGACUUGUGCCGAAGAACUACGUGACUGUUCUGCAGGAGUCGCACAACUCAGCCAGCAUGGCCGGGCCGCCCACACCUGACUGUGACUACAUUGAGCCUUCAUCCAGUGGACGCUUCGCUGGCAAGCAGUGGUACUACGGGAAGGUGACACGUCAUCAGGCAGAGGUGGCACUCAACCAGAGGGGCACAGAGGGAGACUUCCUUAUCCGGGACAGUGAGUCCUCACCCAAUGACUUUUCAAUAUCGCUGAAAGCUCAGUCCAAAAACAAGCAUUUCAAAGUCCAACUGAAGGACAACCUGUACUGCAUUGGACAACGCAAGUUUAACUCAAUGGAGGAGUUGGUGGAACACUACAAAAAGGCGCCUAUCUUCACCAGCGAACAGGGUGACAAACUCUACCUGGUCAAGGCUAUGGCUGCCUCCUGAUCCAAGUAGAAAGAAUAUCCAGUUAACAGUGACUACACUUCCAGACAGACAGACAGACUGGGAAUAUCAAGCAUUCCAAGAAUGGGAGGUACAGGGAGAGAAGGACAAUGGACUCCCGUUCAUUCGCUCGGAAACUUGCUCGAAUUUCAUUGAGGGACACGCCCAAUGUAUCAAAAUACAUUAUGUUUAGACCAUAGGUGAUGCAGUGUAUUUUGAUGUCAACAUGUAUUAGAAUUACAACCAAUGUCUUCUUUUGUUAAUAUAUAUUCUUUUCAUUGAUUUCGAAAAUGUAUUUUUCAUUUGUUCUUUAACUUCCCUGCCAAUUUUUUAACUGUCGUUUCAAGUUUCUGCUGUUUAAGUCCUGACUGCAGAAGAACUUUGCUCAACAUGUUUCAAAGGUCUCACAUACUGUCUGUUACUGCCUGCAUUGCCUGAACCACACAGAACUGUUGAAAUUGACGUAAUCUGCUAUAUUUAUUAGGAAUCAAUAUUUCUGCAAAAUGCUCCAACAAUAAAAGUGAGUGACCAAAACCAA